UAAUCAUCCUGCUCUAGUCGCCUCCCGCCUUGUCUUGGAGCCCUUGUCGGCACCCGGUCCUUGCAUCCCGGUGCUGCUUGCGCAAAGGUAUCGGCCCCCAGGUGCUGGACCGCACACUCAGGGCACAUAGGCGACCUGGAUGGGGCGACAGGGCGCGCUCCCCGGGUGGUGCCCCGCCCUGGUGUUGUUGGCGGCGGCCGGCCUUGCGGCGGCGCAGCAGCCCGCAGCCAGCGGGCCCACGUACUACAUUGCGGCAGAUGUGGUGCAGUGGAACUAUGCCCCAUCGGGCGUGAACCUGUGCACAGGAGAGGAGUUUGUCGGCGACCCGUCGCUGUGGACCAAGCUGGGCGUGGGCAGUGUGUACUCCAAGGCGCAAUACAGGCAGUACACUGACGCCACCUUCCAGACGCUGGUGCCCAAGCCCGCCUCCGAGGUGCACACAGGCGUGCUGGGGCCGGUGCUGCGCGCCUCGGUGGGCCACGUGUUGACCGUGGUGCUGAAGAACAACCUGGGCUUCCCGGUCAACCUGGAGCCGGCAGGCGUGCAGCCCGAGGUGGCAGCCGGCGGCGACGCGGCGGCGGCGCUGGCCCGCGCCGUGGCGCCCGGCGCCAACGCCACCUACCGCUGGCUGGUGCCCGCCAGCAUGGGCCCCCAGGACAUGGAGCCGACAGCCAAGCUGUGGCUGUACAGGUCCACCGUGGACUUGGUGGCCGAUGCCAACGCGGGGCUGGUGGGCCCGCUGCUCGUCAGCAACACGCCCGAGGUCAACACUGGCGACGUGGCGGCGGGGCAGCCUCUGGACAUCAUCACCGUGCUGCAGGUGCUGGACGAAAACGCCAGCCCCUUUUUGGAGGCCAACUUGGCCAACCGCACGGCGGCGCAGAUGGGCGUGACCGAGGCGGGCCUGGCGGAGGGCAACCUCAUGCACGCCAUCAAUGGCUACGUCUUCUGCAACACCCCCGGCAUGGAGAUGACGCAGGGCCAGCAGGUGCGGUGGCACAUGGGCAGCGUGGGCACCGAAGUCGACAUGCACAACCUCCACCUCCACGGCAACACCUUCCUCAACCGCGCCUGGCUUGGCCCAACGCCUGGGCGCUUGCGCGGCCAGCCUGGCAUGUGCCGCGCCCCCCUCCCUUCCUGGUUUCCGACCCCGCCGCCCUCCUUGCCCCUGCCCCCUUGGGCUGGAGCAAACGGCCACCGCGCCAACCACCUGCCCAUGAUCCCGGGCACGGCGCGCACCUGGCAUUUCCCCACAGACAACGCCGGCUUUGGGCCCAUGACCUGCCACUGGGGCGACCCCUUUAAGGCCGGCAUGAAGGCAAUGUACCAGGUCAACCCGGGGAACGGCAUGGAGACGCUGGGCGGCGUGCGGCCCUCGGGCACCGUCAGGACGUAUUACGUUGAGGCGGAGGAGGUGGAGUGGGACUACGCGCCGCGUGGCGGCGACUACUGCACCGGCUCCCUGCUGCCCUGGACCGAGGAGCAGGAGGUGUUCACCGAGGCCAACCACCUGAGCCCCGGCAGCAAGCUGAUGAAGGCGCAGUACAUCGAGUACACCGACGACACCUUCACCACCAAGAAGCCGGUCAGCGCUUCCGACGCCUACCUGGGCCUGCUGGGCCCCAUCAUCCGCGCCGAGGUGGGGGAUACGAUCCAGGUGGUGUUCAAGAACAGCCUGCGCUUCCCCGCCACCAUGCACCCGCACGGCGUGGCGUACCUUAAGAACUCAGAGGGAUCGCCCUACUUUGAUGGCACCAUGGGGGCCGACAGGGAUGACGACCACGUGCAGCCGGGCACCACCUACACCUACACCUGGCAGGUGGCAGAGACUUCUGGGCCCGGCCCUGCAGACCUCUCCAACAUCGUCUGGAUGUACCACUCCCACACCAACGAGGUGGAAGAUGUUUAUGCGGGCCUGGUGGGCGCGCUGGUGAUUGGGCGCAAGGGCUCGCUCAAGGCAGACCUCACAGCUCAGGAUGUGGACAAGAAGGUGGUGCUGCUGUUCAUGGUGUCGAACGAGGUGCACUCGCUGUAUGCCGACGUCAACGCCCAGGAGAUGGGCUUCACCAGCAUCGAGGCCUGGGAGUCUGUCGCGGAGGCGGCGUACAACGCGCAGGCGGCCACCGACCAGCAGCUGGCGCUGCAGGAGGAGCAGCUGCAGCAGCAGGCGGCCGGCACCGCGGCCGCCGCCGCGGCCGCCAACCAGACAGCGGCCGCGGGCCGGCGCCUGGCGCGGCUGCGUCGCCGGCUGCUGGAGGAGGAGGAGGAGGAGGAGGGGUACGAGGAGCCCAUGCUGAAGCACGGCAUCAACGGCUACCUGUACUGCAACAUGCCACAGCUCACCUUCACCCAGGGCGAGAAAGUGCGGUUCCACAUACUGGCGCUGGGCACAGAGGUGGACAUGCACACACCCAACUUUGUGGGGCAGUCGCUCCAGGUAGACAACCAGCGCAGCUCCGCCAUCGGCCUGAUGCCCGGCGCCAUGCACAGCGUGGACAUUGUGAUGGCCAACCCCGGCAUCUCCACAGUGCAGUGCCGCGUGGCCGACCACAUCAGCGCAGGCAUGCAAGCCGUGGUCAAGGUGCUUGCUUCUGAGGAAGUGGCGGAGGCACAGGACACCACCGCCGCCGCCACCACCGUGCGCCGCUACUUCAUUGCUGCCGAGGAGGUGGAGUGGGACUAUGUGCCGCUGGGCAUUGAUGGCUGCACCAACAGCGCCUUUGGGCCUGACGCGGAAGUGUUUGUGGCGCGCACCGCCGGCAGCAUCGGCAGCAACUUCACCAAGGCGCAGUACAAGCAGUACACCGAUGCCACCUUCACCACCCCCGUGGAGCAGCCCGCGUGGCAGGGCAUCCUGGGUCCCACGCUGGUCACAGAGGUGGGGCAGGCGCUGGAGAUUGUGUUCCAGAACAGACUGGACCUUCCAGCCAACCUCAUGCUCGACGGCGGCCUGGAGCUGCUGCCCGCGGGCGCCGACGGCAAGGACGUGUCGCUGGUGGCCCCUGUGGCCCCCGGCGGCAACGCCACCUACCGCUACUACGUGCCCGAGAGUGCCGGACCCGCCAGCGAAGACCUGAGCACCGUCGCCUAUGUGUACACCUCAUCGGUCGACCUGGUGGCGCACCCCAACGCGGGCCUGGUGGGCGUGCUGGUGGUGGGCUCUCCCGGCACCUUCACGGGGGCGGACAGCAAGGCCGGCGACCUGCCGCAGGGCGUGGAUGCCAUGGUGCCGCUGCUGUUCACCAUUUUGAACGAGGCGGUCAGCCCGUACCUGCAGCAGAACCUGGAGGCUGCGGGGCUGGGCGUGGCUGCCACCUACGAACCUGUGUGGGGCGAGUCCAACCUCAAGCACGCCAUCAACGGCUACCUCUACUGCAACCUGCCCGGCCUGGAGGCGGUGCGCGGCUCCACCCUGCGCCUCCUGCUGGUGGGCAUGGGCUCAGAGGCCGACAUGCACAGCCCCGUGUUCACGGGGCAGGUGCUGCGCUCCAAGUCGGCGGCCUACCAGACGGCAGAGCUGAUGCCCACGGUGACGCGGGUGGUGGAUGUGGAGGCGCAGCAGGCGGGCACCUGGCCCGUCUACUGUGUGGUGCAUGACCACUUCUCCGCCGGCAUGCGGGCCAACCUGGUGGUGCAGUAGGCCGAGGCAGGCACGGUGGGCUUGUGGCUGGGGCCGGACGCAGCCUGCUGCCCAGCCUGAGCCGCCGGCGCUCGGCCUGCAGAUGGCUGCCUGGGCCGUGCAUGCCCUUGCAUACAUUCUUUCAGCCUGCUCGAGGCCUUUGCUUUCCCUGCCCUCAUUUUUCCUGCUCCUUAUUACCCUGUGAGCGUUACCAAAUGAAACCCACGUUUUUCUCUUUCCAGGCCUGAGCCCUGGUGCACUGCUGCGCGCUGCUGCCUUGCGCAGACAGAGGGCCAGCCUCCGCCUCUGUUUGCAUGUCCCGCUCUCACUCCCCUGUUGCAAUACGCACAGUGCUGAGCUUCCUUGCUCCUGUUUGAUGCUUGCUGUUAGAUUUUGAAACAAACAGUAAUCAUCAAGAAUA